AAAACUGACUGAAACAGGACGUGAAGGAGGAGCUCUGGGAAAUCUGGGGCCCCCGGACCCAGAACAAUCUCUCUCUCUCUCUCUCUCUCUCUGUCUCUCUCUCAGAUUGGACAGGGAGGUGCAUAAAAAAAUCUCCACUGCUCGACACAAUCAUUUCGAGGACAACAAUCCACUUUUUCCUGGGGACGAGCGGUAAAAACAGGUGAUGGCGGUAGCCGUCUCCAGAGAUCUGACGGUGCAGGUGGUAGAGGAUGUUAAUGCUGCCAAGCUGACAGACAGACAGCAAGCUCUGCGUGCGUCCAUCCAGAAAGGAGAGCCGAAAUGUCUUGGGGUGAGUCAGGUGAUGAUGGGCAUCAUGGUCAUGUCUUACUCCAUUCCACUGCAUGUGACUGAGUUUACCGAAGUGGUGACACUGGGAGUCCCCUGGUGGAGCGGCCUGAUGUUUGUCACAGCAGGUGUGCUCACCAUCAUCCUGGACAAAUACUGCUCCGUUAAGAUUCUGCAGCUCUGUUUGACUGUGAGUCUUCUGUCCAUUGUCACAUCGCUGAUGGCCGUGUCCAUCUACGCUGUGGACGUGACCAGGAACCCUGUGAUUCCCUGUGUCAUAACACACAGGUACAACGGAGACACUCAUGACACGUCAUCUUGUGAGGACCAACACUUCACCAUGAAGCUGAGCAAUGGAAUAAAGUCGACCCUCCUCCUCUUCUCUCUGGUGCAGUCGGUCAUCUCUGCCAUCGUCUGCUUCCUCCUCUACAGAAACAGACAAAACUUCCAAAUGUACUCCUCUCUCCCUUUCUCCUCCUCUCUUUUCGAUAGUCUCUCACUGCGGCCACCUCUGACACACUCAUUGGACCAAACCUGCACUGAUCACUCACUGGAGCCACAGAGCCGAUCGGUCAGGACGUGUGCCUGGAGUUGUCGUCAUCCUUGACCUUUGUUUUGGCAGUGAUGAGCUGAUGUUCAUGUAUGUGUAUGUGCGUUUGUGUGAAUGAGUACAUGUGCCGGGUAUGUGCGGGGGUGGGAGAGAACACGAUAUAAAGUAUUUUGUGCACUGAUUUUUUUUUUUUUUUUUAAGUUUACACGCUUUUACAUUUUUUUUGUGUGUUAAUCCUUGUACCAUUUAACAAAAAAUAAAAAUCAUAUAUCCAGAUAUGGUAUAUAAAAUUUACACAUACAGUAAGGUGUCAGU